AUGCACGCCUUACAAGUACAAAGUACUUACAAGUACAAAGAGAAUAAUACCCGAAAUUCCUCCCUAGCUUUUGAACUCUUUUGUUUAGGUGAGACGUGGAAUCCAUUAAAAUUGCAUUAUCAGUUAAGAAACGUCCGGGAACGAUUAGCAAAAAACCUGGUGAAAAAGGGCGUACUGACAACAGAGAAACAGAACUUCCUCCUCUUUGACAUGACGACGCACCCCCUCACCAACAACAGCAUUAAGCAGCGCCUCAUCAAGAAGGUGCAGGAAGCCGUUCUCGACAAGUGGGUGAACGGCCCUCACCGCAUGGACAAGCGCCUGCUGGCCCUCCUCUACCUGGCUCACGCCUCGGACGUCCUAGAGAAUGCGUUCGCGCCAAUGCUGGACGAGCAGUACGACGUAGCCACCAAGCGGGUGCGGCAGCUCCUGGACUUGGACCCUGAGGUGGAGUGUCUGAAGGCCGGGACCAACGAGGUGCGAUGGGCGGUGGUGGCCGCCUUCACCAAGUGACCCUGCCCCGAACCAUGCGUCCCCCUUCUCUCACGGGAACCAGUCGUUUUUCUUCUAUGGACUUCUGGGUUUCUGCAGUUUGUACUUCCCACACUGUAAUUGGCUUUUGUUUCAUGAAAUGGGG